AUGGAACAACUCCUCUUUUACACCUUUGCUGGGAUUACCGUGUUGGCUGCACUGGCAGUGAUCACUGUGCGCAAUCCAGUUUAUGCCGCUUUGUUCCUGGUGCUCACGUUCUUUAGCAGUGCCGGGGUUUGGAUUCUGCUCGAGGCCGAGUUCCUUGCUAUCACACUAAUUUUGGUCUACGUCGGCGCGGUCAUGGUGCUGUUCUUGUUCGUUGUGAUGAUGCUCGACGUCAAUGUUGAGCCGAUGAAAGAGGGAUUUAUUCGCUACUUGCCGGUCGGGCUAUUGGUUGCUCUGGUGAUGUUGGGUGAAAUGUUUCUAGUUCUGGGCGCGAAAAGCUUCGGCUUCGAACGUUUUCCGGCCCCAGCGCCUCAUCCACAGGGCUAUAGCAACACCAAAGAAAUUGGCGAACUGCUAUAUACCGAGUACCUGUACCCGUUCGAAAUUGCAGCAGUGAUUUUGCUGGUGGCAAUUAUCGCUGCUAUUGCCCUGACCAUGCGCAAACGUCCGGAGACUCGUCACCAGCAGCCUGGGCGGCAGGUUCAGGUGAAGAAAGAGGAUCGACUGCGGAUUGUCAAAAUGGAUGCGGAACCAAGGGAGCGCGACCAAUGA